GCCCCGCCCUCCGGUUAGACCCCUCCCUUCCCUGGGAGUGUAUGUCAGUGAACCAGAGGCGGUGUGAGGCGGAGGGACCGUCGGGGGGCGCCGCCGCCUCCUCCACCAGCAGCAGCAGUAGCAGCAGCAGCGGCAGCCCCGCGGCGCGGUCGAAUUGGUCCCCAGCCCUCCGGGAGUGCACUACAAAGCAGCCCCAACGCCUCUCCCUGCUUCCGCGGCUCUUCAGCGCUCGACUUCGUGGUCAACUUCCCCUCGCUGGGCUCGGCUGGCUGGCGCGGAGGGCAGCGGCGGAACGGCGGGCUGUCUGCUCGUGCUCCCCGCGCACAACACUUCACCCUCUCGCCUCGGGUCUCAGGGGCCGCGCUGGGAUCCCGGCCACCAGCAAUUGUCCGGAAAUAAUGCAAAAGGUGUCCCAAGGCUCCUGACCAGUGAACAAAGAUUUGAGAAAGACAGCCAAGCUCAUGUUUUCUCCUGAUCAAGAAAAUCAUCCAUCUAAAGCACCAGUAAAAUAUGGUGAACUCAUUGUCUUAGGGUAUAAUGGGUCUCUCCCAAAUGGCGAUAGAGGAAGGAGGAAAAGUAGAUUUGCUUUGUUUAAAAGACCUAAGGCAAAUGGGGUGAAGCCCAGCACUGUGCAUAUUGCUUGUACUCCUCAGGCUGCAAAGGCAAUAAGCAACAAGGACCAGCAUAGCAUAUCAUAUACUUUAUCUCGGGCCCAGACUGUGGUGGUUGAAUAUACUCAUGACAGCAACACCGAUAUGUUUCAGAUUGGCCGGUCGACUGAAAGCCCCAUUGAUUUUGUAGUAACUGACACAGUUCCUGGAAGUCAAAGUAAUUCUGAUACGCAGUCAGUACAAAGUACUAUAUCAAGAUUUGCCUGUAGAAUCAUAUGUGAACGGAAUCCUCCCUUUACAGCACGGAUUUAUGCCGCAGGAUUUGACUCAUCAAAAAACAUCUUUCUUGGGGAGAAGGCUGCCAAAUGGAAGACAUCAGAUGGGCAGAUGGAUGGUUUGACCACUAAUGGUGUUCUUGUGAUGCAUCCACGCAAUGGAUUCACAGAAGACUCCAAGCCUGGAAUAUGGAGAGAAAUAUCGGUGUGUGGAAACGUAUUUAGCCUGCGUGAAACCAGAUCAGCGCAGCAGAGAGGAAAAAUGGUGGAAAUUGAAACCAAUCAGUUACAAGAUGGCUCGUUAAUUGACCUCUGUGGUGCAACAUUGCUAUGGCGUACUGCAGAAGGCCUUUCCCACACUCCUACCGUGAAGCAUUUGGAGGCUUUAAGACAGGAAAUCAAUGCAGCACGACCUCAGUGCCCUGUAGGGUUCAACACACUAGCAUUUCCUAGUAUGAAGAGGAAAGAUGUUGUAGAUGAAAAACAACCAUGGGUAUAUCUAAACUGCGGCCAUGUACAUGGCUAUCAUAACUGGGGAAACAAAGAAGAACGUGAUGGAAAAGAUCGUGAAUGUCCUAUGUGUAGGUCUGUCGGUCCCUAUGUUCCUCUGUGGCUUGGAUGUGAAGCUGGAUUUUAUGUGGACGCCGGCCCUCCAACCCAUGCGUUUAGCCCUUGUGGGCAUGUGUGUUCAGAAAAGACAACUGCCUAUUGGUCCCAGAUCCCGCUUCCUCAUGGUACUCAUACUUUUCAUGCAGCCUGUCCCUUUUGUGCACAUCAGUUGGCUGGUGAACAAGGCUACAUCAGACUUAUUUUUCAAGGACCUCUAGACUAACAGACCAUUGUCCUCCAGGACUACAUUAUAAAUUUAUAAGCUAAGUGAGUUGGGUUUUCGAACCUGUUGUCCACGUCACAGUUUUUCUGCUCUGGUCAUUUGCAUUAAGAUGAAGAAUUUUUUAAAACAUUUAUAAUAAAUAGCAAUUUCUGAGCAAAAAUCUGGGAAACUCAAGCAAAGGAAUUACUGAAAGUAUCAGUAUUCUGAAUUCUGAGUUUUGAAAAUAUAUUUUGAGGAGAAAAAGACAUAGUCUAAUUUGAUGCCUUCCUUUUAGUGUUUUUGAAUCACCCAUCCUCAGUGCUGAAAUUGUUUUGUAUAACUGAGGGUACUGUUGGUUCAAACUAUGUUAGUUUACAGUUUGUUGCAAACAUUGUAAAAUAUAGCAACAUGUAUAUUAACUUUUUUCUAUUUUACGUUAGAAUGUUCUUGAUAGAGUAGCAUGGUAACGAUGGUGUCACACCCUUGGUGUGAAUGGUAGCUUAGUGAGCACACCUAGCUCAAGGAUUUGCAAAGUUAGGAAGAAGGACAAGAGAACCUCUCUCCCCACCCCAGUCUAAAUAUGGAAUUUGGUAAAUUAGAAUACUUUGUAAUUUGUAAGACCAAUUUCAUAUUAAUUACCAUUGUGUGAAAGGUGUUCGUUUUUAACCACAUUAAAGAUAAUCAGGAAAGAUUUUUUCUUAAUGUUUCUCUCGAGCGUAGUACUAUAACAAAAACUUAAUGCUAAGAAACAUUUUAUAUGCUCCUUUGAAUAUGCAAUUUAAUCUAGAUUAUCUAUUUUUCUCCCAUGAUAACUAAUCUGUUUUUAGUAUCAGCAGCAUUUGGCAAGUUUAUUUUUUUGGAUAUAAACUGUGGUUCAUCUGUUCACUGUUCCUAGAAAAAAAUCAUUCCCAUAAGAAAAAGUAUAAAUUAGCAAGAAAGGAGAGUGACUUGAUUUGCUUUUGGAAAAAGAAAUGCUUAAUUAAUUAUUCUGUAUUUGGCCUUAUUCAGGCAUAAGGAAAUCUAGAGAUCUAAAGGGUUGAAUGACAAUAGUGCUCCCCUUUCUAGCAGACCAGCCUUAACUCUGGGUUUGAAUCCUAAGGAGAUUGCCACAGUGAGACUUAAGUAAAUGUUUGCUUGGCAGAUGAGCACCAAUGACUGCAGCGUGGAGUGACGCACUGCAUGGUCUGUUUAUUCUCUAAUUCCAAUAUGUCUUUUGCUUCCAAAAGCAAGAACAAGUUUCUUCUCUCUCCUCCUUCCCACCCUUUUUUCAAAGGCACCACAAGUAUAGACAGUUGCACUACAUCAAAUCUGUUUUUGACACUUGUAGAAACCAGUACACUUUUAGACAGUAUCUUUUUUUAAUAUUUUGAUUUGUUUUCCUUUAGUUUGAGAAGUUGUAUAAUACUUAAUUGACUGUAGCAAAGUUUUAUGUAUGUUAGCAUAGCUUUAAUUUAUCCUCUUACAAAACUGUUCUGAAUUUUCUUUUGGUUUUUAAAAAACAAAACUUGUUGCUUAGAAGCCGUGAACUAUUUUAUUUUACUUCAACUGUCAAAACUUCCUUGUUUUUAAAAAUGAUCAUUUGGGUUCACUCAGGAAAUGCAUGUCAGGAACUUGUAUUAUAAGUUUAUUAGUUGUGAUGUAUCAGUAACUGCUGUUACCCCUUUUUCAAAGAAAUAUAAUUGAUUUUGAAGUUUUCUAGAUUGUCACAUGCUUUGUGACUAAUGCAAGAAAGCAAGUCUUGUGUUGUAUUUGUUCUAGUCAUUUCUAUUCAGACUAUAUAUUGUAGCUUAAUUUUUAUUUGCCAUUAAUUUAUUUAAACUAAGUAAAUACUUUUCAAAAUAGGUAUUUGAAUUUGUCUCUGUGAGUUCAUUUUGCAUAAUCGAGAAUGAUUAACGAGAAGUGAAAAAUGUGGACAACUCUAUUCCACACUCCAAAAAUACUCAGUUGAAACAGAUGAAGAGUUUGCAUUUAAUGUAACACUUUAAAGUCUCUGGUUCUUUUUGAAAAGCAUCUCUUAUUAAUAAAGAAACUUUGUUAGUGGUUGAAUAA